AUGGAGCCUGCCGCACUAUGUAGUGGCUUAGCUCAGCGGCUGCAGCAAUCGUUACCACUACAGAGAUGCAAACAACUGCAUUGGCUCGGCAAUGACGUGUUUGCUUCAGUCCACAGACAGCCACUUCGCAGUCGCCUUGUUGGAGCACUGUGGUUCCUAUGGACUUUUCCCAGAUGCACAAAGUCUUUGCAUCUUCGCAAGAUCCACGGGAGGCGUGCGAUAGAAAUCCCAAUCAGGCUAUUGCAAGAGGAGGGUCUGACGAUAGAUUCCUGUGAGCGACUGGCUCCUAACGUUGCACGGAUCACGUCCAGUGGCGACCAUGGAAGCGGCCCUGUCAAUGUGGUGGUGAAGCAGGGGAGCAGGUUGGCACUACAGGGAGAAGCAGCCGGCCUUGAUGCGAUCCGGGAAGCCAGUGAGAUCUUCAAGGUGCCAAAAGUGCUUUGCUUCAAGGAGGAUGGACGUGGUGGCUCAUACCUCAUGAUGGAGUAUCUGCACCGUGACCCUCAGAUGCCUUGGUACUUGUUGGGUCGAGCGCUUGCAGAUUUGCACUUAGCGGAACCCAAGGAUCCAAAGGCUCUUGACGGCAGCUUUGGUUUUCCCGUGGAUGGUUUCUUGGGCCGAACACCCCAAGCGAAUGCAUGGGACUCGUCCUGGCCACGCUUUUGGCGUCAGCGUUGCGAACGUUUGCUCCGUGGAGCUGUGCAGCUUCGACCUGCGUUUCGCAGAGUGCUCCAGGCCACCAAUAACUUGGAAGCCCUCUUUGAAGAUGAGCCAGUGCGCCCCGUGCUGCUUCACGGAGACUUUUGGAACGGAAACUUUGCAGGGGUCAACGGAGAGCCAGCCAUCUAUGAUCCGUGUGCUUUUUAUGGCCAUGCUGAAGCUGAAUUUGGCAUGUCUUGGUGCGCAGAUCUGAAUAAAGAAUUUUGGCGAGGCUACAGGGAGAUGAUUCCUGAAGCACCGCUCUUCAAAAGGAGACAACUGCUGUACCAGGCAUUUCACAAGAUGAAUCAUUUCUGCUUGUUCAGAGACAAGCGCUAUUUGACUGGCGCUGAAGCCCUUCUGCGGCGACUGCUGUGA